AGCUACCUGAUCUUGCUCUCCAGGCAGGGCAAAGUGCGUCUUGCAAAAUGGUUCACGACCUUGUCUCCCAGGGACAAGGCGAAGAUUGUCAAGGAUGUCUCUCAACUAGUCCUUGCCAGGCGAACUCGGAUGUGCAACUUCCUUGAAUACAAAGAUACCAAGAUUGUGUACCGUCGUUAUGCAUCGCUGUUCUUUAUCGCCGGCUGCGACUCAGACGACAACGAGUUGAUCACCCUUGAGAUCAUUCACCGAUACGUCGAGCAGAUGGACAAGUACUAUGGCAGUGUCUGCGAGCUCGACAUCAUCUUCUCCUUCACCAAGGCAUACUACAUUCUCGACGAGAUACUGUUGGCGGGAGAAUUACAGGAAAGCAGCAAGAAGGCCGUACUGCGGUGCAUUGGGCAGCAAGACUCGCUUGAGGACACGGAGAUCGAGGACGAGGUCACGAAAAUCAUGUAG